AUGAAUCUUCAUCCUUGGCCCAACAAAAGGAAUCCCAGCCCAUACGAGAUCUUUGAUCUCUCAGACGGUGACAUGAGUUUGUCGCAAUUGGAAAUGAACAAGUUGCUCAAGAAGAAAUACGUAUCGUAUGUGAAGUUGUACCAUCCGGAUUUAUCCAAGAAUCUCCAGAUAUACCACAAGGGCUCGUUGCUAUCCGAAAAUAUCAAAAGACAGAGAUUCGACCAAGUUCAAGAGGCAUAUGAUAUAUUGAAAGAUCCCAGACGUCGUGUAGCUUUCAGACGCUAUACCACGAACAAUUGGGACGAAGCUCCAAGAUACAAUCAAAACACAGCUCCAUUUAGUAAACAGAAUUAUGAAGCAUACAGAAGGGCCCAGGGCCAUAGGUCUUCCAAAAGCUUUAAGGCUGAUGAAGAGUUCUGGCUGGCUGGUACUUGGGAAGAUUACUAUAAGAUGAAAUAUAACAGAGCUCCACCUACUAAGGAAGAGCUAGAAAAGAACAAGUACAAGAUCUUGGCUGGAGUGCUACUCGUAGCACUGUUGGCAUUUUCACUUCAAAUCAUGUUGGCUCUUGACAGAACCAAUGAGUAUUUGUUACAAAGUAGACUCACAAAUUUGCAAGUUAUGGAAGAUCUUCAACACAGUACAGACAACUACGGAGAUGGAUUGCAGCCGUUGGAUAGAAUGAGACGGUUUCUCAUAUCUCGUAGAUCAACGUUAUUAAUGAAAGAGAAAGGUGACAUUGUAGACGACACUGAUUUGAAAAACCAGGACGACGAGCUCUUGAUUAAAUACGCUCAGAAGGUGGAAAAGUAG